AAGUUCUGGAGAUCGCUCCGCUGAAUCCGCCUGCGCGUCGCCGCCGUCGCCACCGCCCCCUGUCCCGGCCCCCCCGGGUUUCCUCAGCCCAGCCCGGUCCAGCCCGGUCCCCGGGAGGAUGAAGUUCGUGUACAAAGAGGAGCAUCCGUUCGAGAAGCGCCGCUCUGAGGGCGAGAAAAUCCGAAAGAAAUACCCAGACCGGGUCCCGGUGAUAGUAGAGAAGGCUCCCAAAGCUCGGAUAGGAGAUCUGGACAAAAAGAAAUACCUGGUGCCUUCUGAUCUCACAGUUGGUCAGUUCUACUUCUUGAUCCGGAAGCGAAUUCAUCUCCGAGCUGAGGAUGCCUUGUUUUUCUUUGUCAACAAUGUCAUUCCACCCACCAGUGCCACGAUGGGUCAGCUAUACCAGGAACAUCAUGAAGAAGACUUCUUUCUAUACAUUGCUUACAGUGAUGAAAGUGUCUACGGUCUGUGAAGCUGCUGCCCCUGAGGUGGGGAGGUCCCAUUCUACAGAGAGAGAGGUGGCCCUCCUUCCUUGACCUACCCCUCCUGCAGGCUCAAACACCACCUCCCUUCUUCAGGACCUGCACUUCUUAAUGUUUGAAGCUUUCUCUCUAGCCCCUGCUAGCAGGAGAGAUGGCCCCUAGUACCCCUCCUUUUUCUUUUCUUCUUUAACUUUCUCUGCCAUCUUUCCCACUUUCCCUCAGAUUUCUUGGUUGUCAAUCUCUGUCACAUCUAGUGAUUGUUUAGGUUUCUCUUUCUUUUCUAAUUGCCCAAGGGGCUCAGAACCCCAACAGUCCCUUCUUUUUACUAUCUUCUUUUUUGGGGGUAGCUGGAAGGGACUGAAAUCGUGGGGGGAUGUAGGAGGCACAUCAAUAAAGAGGAAACCACCAAGCUGAA